UGGGUUCUUUAUGGUUGACAUUUGAAAUUGGUUUUGACGUUUACAAAAAAUAUAAAAACAAACACGUCAGCUGUUGCAUUUUAAACCAAAUCAACAUCGUUUUUAUUUUUAAUGGAUUAACUCAAGUUCCCAGCAAAGAUGAAUGACAUAUCAGUAGACGUAGCGGGCGAAAUGGACCCGCCUCUGGAUAUACCAGUCAAAAGUAAAUUUCCCAGCUUCAUGCGAAUACCGACACACAUCCCAGACCCCAAAGAAUGGAUCAGCACCCAAAGGCAGAAUGUACGGUCCUGGCUAGUCUUCAUACAAACUUCCAAUUUCAAAGCCCCACCAUCAAUUCCAAGGCUUGGAAAGCGGAUCAUGAGGAACAUUGAAUAUUUCCAAGCGAACUACUUGUUUGUCUUCCUUGGAUUAGUAGUUUACUGCUUGAUAACAUCUCCUUUGAUCCUGAUUGCCAUAGCUGCCACAUUCUAUGCAGGUUACCGACUGAACAAACGUCACAUGGAAAACAAGAAAAUCUUCCUUUUCAAAAAAGAACUCACCCUUGCUCACCAAUAUGGACUUGUUGUGGCAUGUUCUCUACCCGUAUAUUACCUUGUGGGAGCUCACAGUGCAAUGUUUUGGGUGAUUGGGGCCUCCAUAGUAGUUAUCACAUUACAUGCUGCAUUUUAUAACAUUGAUGCUCUAGUCAAGUCUGAUGAUGCCUACCCCUUGCUUGAGGAGGUGUAACUUUGGUAAACUGUUUCUACCAAUUAUUUACUAAUUUUUUUGAUCUAGUAAUAUUUGUAGUUACUAGAUUUCACGUCACUUUGUAUAUUUUAAAUAUAGUAUUUUUGCUAGUUAUUGUUUUUAUGUCUUCUGUAGCUAAAUUCAGAGGCAACUGGGAUCCCAAGUAUUAUGAGAUGUUUAUCAUUUGUCAAGGGUGCCACUACUGUAAAUCUUAAAUACAGCUUUGCGCAAAAAAGGUGGGGGUCAAUUCUUCGAAAAUAUUGAAAAUUUUGUUAUUUUUAAAAAUUAAGAAUAGCAUGUAAAUGCAGAAAUUGCUGGUAAUUUUGGAAGGCAC